AAAAGCGCCAGAGACAAUGUCUAGGCUAUUCUUCUGCACGAGUCCUUGCAUGGAAACCGUUGUCGACGCUCUGAUGGAGUGGAAUGAGAAGCAACAACUAGAUACAUUCUGGACCAGACUGUUCGGAGAAGCGCUAGGAAUGAGAAACCUUCAAUGGGAGACAUAUGAUAUGAUCUUUUUCCCAAUAUGGGGUGCAUCGCAGCAGUAUGUGGUAUGUUUUGAUUUGCCCGAUGGAAAAUUGAAUAUCAUAGACCACAGUUUGGCAGAACCACACGCAUCCUUCGAAGCCAAGUACGGCAAGACACCUUCUCUUCUGAAAAAAUUCUUGGCUGAGGCACUCACAAGGUGCAAAGUUCCUAAAAUGGCAACCCAGGUGCGAAAGUGCAGAACCCACGUGGUCACCAUGCCUUGGAGGAACAACAACUUCCUUAACGAGGCUGGUAUUUACGUCAUGCGGCACAUGGAAACCUAUUUUGGUGAAAGGGAGAAGGACUGGGAAUGUGACCUUAAUGCAAGUGGAACUAAAAGCAUGGAGAUGUUCCGCAUCAAAUAUGCAAGGACCCUCCUGACGUGUGUUUACAACACUAGAGGUGGUGACAACCAGAAGAAGGCAACGCGUUUUUGGAAAGAGAAGUCGGCAAAAUUCAACUUUGAAAAUUGGGUCCACCUAUACGGUCUUGAGUGAUGUGUGGUAUGCAUUACACAAAUGGUGAUGGGACA